GAGGAGGAGGAGGAGGAGGAGGAGGAAGAGGGGGCGGCAGGGGCUCGUGCCUCCCUUCGGGCGCGAUGCGGGCGCCGGUCAAGGCAAAGCCGGAGGCUCCCCGCCUGCUGUGGGCAUGUCCAGGCGGAGGAGGAGGAGGAGAGGAGGAGGAGGAGGGCGACGGCAGGUAGCCUCCGAGGCAGCAGGAGUAGCAACAGCAACGUCGGGCUGAGGAUGGCGGCGUUGGCGAAGCGGAGCAGCCGGGAUGCCUCCUCCUGGCCGGAGCAGCAGCCCCGAGCUGCUCCCCCUCCUCCUCGUCCUCCUCCUCGUGGGGGGCGCUGGGGCUUCGGGCUGGUGUUGGCGGGCGCCUCGGCGCUGUGCUACUGGGGCGCCCUGGGCGGGGAGUUCGUGCACGACGACGUCUGGGCCAUCCUCCACAACCGGGACGUGCGGCCGGGGACCCCGCUCGGAGCCGCCUUCGCUGACGACUUCUGGGGCAAAGGCAUGGGAGAGAACACCAGCCACAAGUCCUACCGCCCGCUCUGCGUCCUCACCUUCAGGCUGAAUAUAAUUCUGGCUGGGAUGAAUCCCUUUUAUUUCCACGCCGUGAAUGUAGUCCUGCACUGCCUGGUGACACUUAUGCUGAUGUAUACUUGUGACAAAGCCGUUUUCAAGGACAGCCGCCUGGCUUUUGUCACAGCUCUCUUCUUUGCUGUCCAUCCUAUUCACACAGAAGCCGUAACGGGUAUAGUAGGCAGAGCGGACGUAUUGGCCUGCCUCCUAUUUCUUUUGGCUUUUCUCUCCUAUAAUAGGAGCGUGGAUCAGCUUUAUGUUGGGGAACAUUUCCCUCCCACUGCCUCUCCCCCCUUUUUGCUGCUUAGUUUGUUUCUUGGGACCUGUGCAAUGCUGGUAAAGGAAACGGGGAUCACCGUGUUUGGAGUCUGCUUGGUGUAUGAUGGAUUCCUGCUUUCUCAAAACAGAGCCAGAUUAAAAAAUGGAGGAGUGCCUCAGAAGCUGCCUCGACGGCCUUCGUCUUCCCAGCCUACUUCAUUGCAGCUUUCUUCAUCCAGCCGGGAGAAUGGGAGGCACCGUGUGGCCCACAAAGGGACGUGGAACUCCUGCCACCCUGCUUCGCCUGAGGAGCGGCAGCACAGCAGCCCUUCCAUCCUUCGAAAGGCAGUAGUGGCUGUGCUCAGUUACAUGACAACAAGUAACAAACGGAAGUUCUUACAUACCACAAGACCUUUUUUGAAGAGGGCUGCCUUGGUACUUACAUAUGUGACCCUUCUGCUGUAUUUCCGUCUCUGGAUAAUGGGAGGCUCCAUGCCAGCGUUUUCCGAACAGGACAAUCCAGCUUCCUUCUCGCCAUAUCUCCUUACAAGAUUUCUAACUUAUUCCUACCUCCUGGCCUUCAACGCCUGGCUUCUUCUGGCUCCUAUUACUCUGUGUUACGAUUGGCAAGUUGGGAGCAUCCCUUUGGUGGAAUCUGUCUGGGAUGUGAGGAAUCUUGCCACCAUUCUCUUGGUGGUAGUAAUGCUGCUGCUUGGUUUACACUGUAUAGUAGCAUUCAAGAAAUUGGAACACAGAGAAGUUCUAGUUGGCCUGUUGUUCCUGGUUUUCCCCUUCAUACCAGCUAGCAACCUCUUCUUCAGGGUGGGAUUUGUUGUGGCAGAGCGCGUCCUGUAUAUGCCUAGUAUGGGGUACUGCAUCCUCUUGGUUCAUGGCCUAAACAAGCUUUGCACAUGGCUGAACAAAUGGGGUGCCACUGCUGUGACAAUCUCAGCUUUGCUUCUGCUGUUGUUCUCUUGGAAAACGGUGAAACAGAAUGAAAUUUGGUUAUCACGAGAGUCCCUUUUCAGGUCAGGAGUCCAGACUCUGCCCCAUAAUGCCAAGGUGCACUAUAACUAUGCCAAUUUUCUGAAAGACCAAGGCCGUGACCGUGAAGCCAUCUACCACUACAAAACAGCACUUGAGUUGUAUCCCCGUCAUGCAAGUGCUCUGAACAACCUUGGGACGUUGACCAAAGACCUUGCAGAGGCAAAGGAGUACUACAAGAGGGCCCUUCAGCUCAAUCCGCAGCACAAUCGAGCCCUCUUCAAUCUUGGAAAUCUACUCAAGUCCCAAGGGAAGAAGGGGGAAGCUGUUCUCUUACUGAGAGAUUCCAUUCAAUACGGACCAGAGUUUGCCGAUGCGUACUCCAGUCUUGCUUCACUCUUGGCUGAACAGGAGCAAUUAAAAGAAGCUGAGGAAGUAUAUCAGGCUGGAAUAGAGAAUUGUCCAGAUAGCUCCGAUCUGCAUAAUAACUAUGGGGUUUUCUUAGUCGAUACCGGAUCUCCAGAGACUGCAGUUUCCCACUACCAGAAGGCCAUCCAGCUGAGCCCAAAUCAUCAUGUGGCCAUGGUGAACCUGGGGAGGUUGUACCGCUCUUUGGGACAGAACAAAGAGGCUGAAACUUGGUACAAAAGGGCAUUGAAAGUGACACGAAAGGCUGAAAUCCUGACCCCUCUUGGAGCACUGUAUUACAACACAGGGAGAUAUGAAGAUGCAUUAAAGGUGUACAGGGAAGCAGCAGCACUUCAGCCAUCCAACAAGGACACACGACUGGCCCUGGCUCAGGUUUUGGCAAUGAUGGGACAAACCAAGGAAGCUGAACAAAUGACCAGCCAUAUUGUGACUGAAGAGGCAGAGUGCCUGGAGUGCUACCGCCUUUUGUCAGCUAUUUACAGCAAACAAGAGAAUUACAAUAAGGCACUUGAAGCCAUAGACAAAGCUCUACAGCUGAAACCAAAGGACCCUAAAGUCAUAUCAGAGCUCUUUUUCACUAAAGGAAAUCAGCUAAGAGAGCAAAACCACUUGGACAAAGCUUUUGAGAGCUAUAAAGUGGCUGUACACUUCAAUCCAGAGCAAGCACAAGCCUGGAUGAAUAUGGGAGGCAUUGAACAUAUCAAGGGUAACUACAUCACUGCAAGGAACUAUUAUGAGAAAGCUUUACAGCUCGUUCCAAACAGCAAGUUGCUGAAAGAGAAUUUGGCUAAACUGGAUCGCUUGGAGAAACGGCUGCAGAAUGUCCAAGAGAGAACAUAACAGGGCUACCCCAAUGAAUGUAUGCCUCCUCGUGAUGAGCAAGUGCUGUAGAAAACCACCGUUUUCCUUCAAGACAGCGACCAACUGAAAGGAGCUGUAGGUGCAUUGGAGAACCAAAAUAAGAGGGAUGUCUAUGGGAAUGGUACUUAAGCAGCCAAAGCUAAUGGGAUCCUCCUGCUAUUGGUCUCUAGAUGUGCUGUCAAAUGGGUGAAGACCUGAUCGUAAUCCAGAUUGCUGCUUAGAUGGAUUUGCCUCAUACUCCUUUCUUCAACAUUUAUAGAGGGAAUGCUUCUAUAUCUCUGACUCUUUCAAAAAAUGGGCACUGGAACGAUGGUUGGAAGUGAACAAAUGGUGUGAUUCACUGAGGGCUGAAUAGGAUGGUCUUCUUGGUUCAGUCUUGCUAUGGGCAUCAGGACUGAGUACCUGGAUAGCCAAGAAGGUAGUUGCAACAAUCAAUGAGAAACAGUUGGAAGAGGCUGCGGUAGCCAUAGCUGAAGAAAACAGCAGCCAACUUAAGUCUUCUUGGUGAUUAUUCUUAUAAGACCUAGGAAAUCAUAUAGUCCAUCGCCCAGGAUGGAAAUUCAUACAUCUUAAUUUUCUGCUAAGUAUUUUGAUCAUGAGCGUGAUUCCAGAAAAAGAAGCCCUGCAUUCAAAACAUUGUUUUGUGGUGUUUGUAUACAAGAUAUCACACCAGAGGUUGAGCUUAGGGGUGGUUCUUUCCUCAAAGUAGAAAGUUUGCUUUGCUGAAAACAGAUUUAUUGGAUGGCAUCUCUACACAUUGCUCAAGCACUUCAGAUAAUUUCAGUAAUGUUAGCGGGUUGUAGUUUCUCUUUUAAAAAUAAUUAUGUUACUCAAAACAUAGGAACCAUGCACAUGGGAUUUCCCCUGCUCACCCACAGAUCUUGUGUUACUUUAGAGACUGAUCAGGAGAGGCUCCUGCGUUGGGAGAGGAGCUUUUGAGGGAUGGCACAAAGGCUUCUGUGAGAAGAAGGCUUAAGAAAGCCCCUGAGCACAUUGAACCUUCCUUAGUGGCCUUUGUACACUAGCGCCAAUUGGGGGUUUCUGGAAAAUCUAGUGUGGAAAUAAUUUUUCUAAGGUCACUUGAUAUAAGAGACUUGGGGAACAAGUGAGGAAAGGGAUUUUAGAGACAUCUUUUCUUUUUGAUAUUUAGAAAUGUUAUUCCUCCUUUUCUCCACAAAACAAAUAUAUGAGAGAGAAGAGAGUUCGUAUUACCGAGUUUGAGUAUUUCAUAUUUGAGUGUUAUUUAUUGAACAUAAUAAAAAUGUCAUAUAUUUCA